AAAAGGUCCGUUUAAAUGUCCACUCCGAAAGUCCGAACUUCUGAAGAGGGUGAAAGUGAGGAAACAGAAUCCAGAGAGAUCUUCUUCUUCUUCCUCUUCUUCCUCAGCACUCUCCUCACUGUCCUCAACACUCUCUGUACCUGAACCUCAUUUCCAUCCAUCCAUCGAAGCAAAGGAAGCAGCAGAAGAUGGGAAGGUUCUCAGCCACCCCCACCAUCUUCAUCCUCGCUGCUCUUCUACUACUCCCCCCUUCCGCCGAUUCAUUCUACCUCCCCGGAGUCGCACCUCGUGAUUUCCAACGGGGGGGUCUUCUUCGAGUCAAAGUGAACAAGCUUUCAUCAACAAAGACGCAACUACCAUAUGAUUACUAUUUCUUGAAUUAUUGCAAACCUGAAAAAAUUACAAACAGUGCCGAAAACUUGGGAGAAGUUCUUCGUGGCGAUCGUAUUGAGAACUCUGUUUAUACUUUUAAAAUGAAAGAGGAAGAGUCAUGCAAGGUAGUCUGCCGUGCAAAACUCAAUGCUGAAUCUGCAAAAAAUUUCAAAGAGAAAAUUGAUGAUGAGUACCAAGUUAACAUGAUUCUGGAUAACCUUCCUGUUGCAGUUCUUAGGCAAAGAAGGGAUGGAAGUCAGUCUAAAAUUUAUGAGCAUGGAUUUCGUGUUGGGUUUAAAGGAAAAUAUGCAGGAAGUAAGGAUGAGAAAUAUUUUAUCAAUAACCACCUAAUCUUCAAAGUCAUGUACCAUGAGGAUCCUGAGACUCACUCUGCACGCAUUGUUGGAUUUGAGGUUAUUCCAAACAGUAUUAGUCAUGAAUACAAGGAGUGGGAUGAUGAGAAUACUCAGCUGGUAACAUGCAAUCCAAGCAACAAAAAUAUAAUCCAAGGUGGCACUGUUCCACAGGAGGUUGACACUGAUAAGGAGGUUGUGUUCACAUAUGAUGUAUCUUUUGAGGCCAGUGAAACCAAAUGGGCUUCACGCUGGGACACAUACCUUCUCAUGAAUGAUGAUCAGAUUCAUUGGUUCUCCAUUAUCAACUCUUUGAUGAUUGUCCUGUUCCUUUCCGGCAUGGUAGCUAUGAUCAUGAUGAGAACUCUUUACAGAGAUAUUUCAAACUAUAAUCAAUUGGAGACUCAAGAUGAAGCCCAGGAAGAAACAGGCUGGAAAUUGGUACAUGGGGAUGUCUUCAGGCCACCUCAUAAUUACAGUUUAUUGUGUGUGUAUGUUGGGACAGGGGUCCAAGUUUUCGGAAUGACCCUUGUCACAAUGAUAUUUGCGUUACUGGGUUUCCUUUCACCCUCCAACCGUGGUGGGCUUAUGACAGCCAUGGUUCUCUUGUGGGUUUUCAUGGGCCUAUUUGCAGGUUACUCCUCAGCUCGAUUGUACAAAAUGUUUAGGGGAACACAGUGGAAAAAGAAUGCCUUAAAAACGGCAUUCAUCUUUCCUGCUAUUCUUUUUGCCAUCUUCUUUGUGCUGAAUGCCCUAAUCUGGGGGGAGAAGUCUUCUGGUGCGGUGCCUUUUGGGACAAUGUUUGCCCUAGUGCUCUUGUGGUUUGGGAUAUCAGUGCCAUUGGCUUUUGUUGGCAGUUUCAUGGGUUUCAAAAAGCCAGGCAUUGAGGAUCCAGUGAAAACAAAUAAGAUUCCUAGGCAGAUACCUGAGCAGGCAUGGUACAUGAAUCCUGUUUUCUCUGUUCUCAUAGGAGGAAUCCUCCCAUUUGGGGCCGUCUUUAUCGAACUCUUCUUCAUCUUGACUUCCAUAUGGCUGAACCAGUUCUACUACAUUUUUGGCUUCCUUUUUAUUGUCUUCGUCAUCCUCCUCAUCACAUGUGCGGAGAUAACUAUUGUGUUGUGCUACUUUCAGUUGUGUAGUGAAGAUUACCACUGGUGGUGGAGAGCCUACUUGACUGCUGGCUCCUCAGCAUUGUACCUUUUCUUAUAUUCCAUCUUUUAUUACUUCACCAAGUUGGAAAUCACCAAGUUGGUCUCUGGCAUCCUUUACUUUGGGUAUAUGACUAUUGGGUCAUUUGCCUUCUUUGUCCUGACUGGGACGAUAGGCUUUUAUGCAUGCUUCUGGUUUGUUCGGAAAAUUUACUCAUCGGUGAAGAUCGAUUAGUUCGAGUGUGUAGAAGAAAGAUAUGGGCAAAGAGACCAAGCACUGUAAUGAUUAAUCGAAGUGGGUACCCAAGGAUGGAGUGCCCUUGUCUCAGCUUGUGCAGGAUGAGAUUACUAUUCAAGACUUCAAGGAACUUCCAUUUUACAGAUGCCACGGUAGAUACUGAUGAUCUGUACUCUUGUUUGUUCUUAAAAUUUUCUUCCAAACCUUUGUAUCCAGAUUACAUGUUUUUCUUCCAAACUUUUGUACCAAGGUUUCAUGUUUAUCAUAUUAGAGUUUCUAUA